UUUACACAAGAAGACACAUCUAUCCCUUUUCCCUGUAAAAUCCCUCUCAAUUUCUUCUCCUCCUUUUUCAAUUCACUGUAGCUCUCGACUCUCCAGCUCAAAAAUGGCGAUGAAGCGUGCUGCUACCUCUGCAAUUCGCGCUUUCCCCUCAUCUUUUGGGAUCUCUGGCUCUUCUGCUCUCGGUAGACACUUGCAUGCUUCUGCAGGGAGCAAAAAGAUUGUGGGGGUUUUCUACAAGGCCAAUGAGUACGCUGCAAUGAAUCCCAAUUUCUUGGGGUGUGCGGAGGGAGCUUUAGGCAUACGUGAGUGGUUGGAAUCAAAAGGCCACCGAUACAUUGUUACUGAUGACAAAGAAGGGCCAGACUGUGAACUUGAAAAGCAUAUCCCUGAUCUCCAUGUCCUCAUAACUACACCCUUCCACCCUGCCUAUGUUACGGCAGAAAGGAUAAAAAAGGCCAAAAAUUUGCAACUGCUUCUCACAGCUGGAAUUGGGUCUGACCAUAUAGAUCUGAAGGCGGCAGCUGACGCCGGGUUAACUGUUGCAGAGGUGACAGGAAGCAAUGUUGUCUCAGUUGCAGAAGACGAGCUCAUGAGAAUUCUUAUUCUUCUCAGGAAUUUCUUGCCUGGAUAUCAUCAGGUUAUUAAUGGGGAAUGGAAUGUAGCUGGUAUCGCCUACAGAGCCUAUGAUCUGGAAGGAAAGACAGUGGGAACUGUUGGUGCUGGACGCAUUGGUAGGCUUUUGCUCCAGCGUUUGAAACCUUUUAACUGUAAUCUCCUCUAUCAUGAUCGACUUAAGAUGGACCCUGAAUUGGAGAAUCAAACUGGGGCGAAAUUUGAAGAGGAUCUCGAUGCAAUGCUUCCCAAGUGUGACAUAAUUGUUAUCAACACACCUCUUACGGAGAAGACAAGGGGGUUGUUUAAUAAAGAUAAGAUUGCAAAGAUGAAGAAAGGGGUUCUCAUCGUUAAUAAUGCUCGAGGAGCAAUUAUGGAUACACAAGCAGUUGUUGAUGCUUGCUCAAGUGGACAGAUUGGAGGAUAUAGCGGGGAUGUUUGGUAUCCACAACCAGCUCCAAAGGAUCAUGCAUGGCGUUAUAUGCCAAAUCAAGCUAUGACCCCUCAUAUUUCUGGAACCACCAUUGAUGCACAAUUGCGAUAUGCAGCUGGAGUGAAGGACAUGCUUGAUAGAUACUUCAAGGGAGAGGAAUUUCCUCUACAGAAUUACAUUGUGAAGGAAGGUAAAAUAGCAAGUCAAUAUCAGUGAUCUGUUUUCAAGGUCCUAGAAUAAUGUAACCUUCAUAGAGGUUCCAAGUUUUUCUUGAGAAAAAACAAUGAGUAUGCUGUAUCGACUGAACUUAAGAUGGUUAUGAUCCAUCUGCAACUUCGUGCAUAUAUCAGUAUCUUGUAUGUGAGAUAAAAAUUUCCCCUUU